AUGGCAUACAACCUGGUAGACCAGCUACCCAGGAUUCAGGUCACACUGGACACAGCUGGACAGCUUUCGUACAGAGCCAUGUUGUUUUGGUUAGUGUGGAGUGCAAUAUUGCUACUGACCCCGCUGGAGGCUGCAGAGGAAGACGAUGAUUUCCGGGCAGGCUGCAGCACAGCUGUAAAUGACCUGGUGUAUAUUGUUGAUGGCUCAUGGAGUGUUGGGUUCUCUGAUUUUGACAUUGCCAAGCAGUGGCUUAUCAACAUCACCAGCCAGUUUGACAUCAGUUCCCACUACACACAGUUGGCUGUGGUCCAGUACAGUGACACACCUCGUCUGGAGAUUCCUCUGGGGAGACAUCAGGGCGGAGCAGAGAUCAUCCAGGCCAUACAGAGCAUCACCUAUCUGGGAGGAAACACACAGACUGGAAGGGCCAUCAGAUUUGCUGUGGACCAUGUCUUCUCCUCAUCCCAGCGGGCCAGCCAAGUCAAGAACCGCAUUGCUGUGGUGGUCACUGAUGGCAAAUCUCAGGAUGAUGUGGUGGAUGCCAGUAUGGAGGCACGAGCUCAGGGUAUAACAGUAUUCGCGGUUGGAGUUGGCAAUGAGAUCACCACCUCAGAGCUGAUAUCCAUCGCCAAUAAACCUUCAUCAACCUAUGUCCUGUAUGCUGAAGAUUACACCACCAUUGACCGUAUCCGAGAUUCCAUGGAGCAGAAGCUAUGUGAAGAGUCUGUAUGUCCAACCCGAAUCCCGGUGGCAUCUCGUGAUGAGAAAGGCUUUGAGCUGAUGGUGGGCAUGAACAUUCAGAUGAAGGGGAGGAAGAUCCCUGGCUCUCUGGUUUCCGAGACAGCAUAUGCCCUUACUGCCUCCACAGACAUUACUGAGAAUACCAGGGAGAUUUUCCCAGAAGGCCUCCCUCCGUCCUAUGUGUUUGUAGCCACUCUGCGCCUAAAGGGGCCUUCUAGCAAGCUGACCUUUGACCUUUGGAGGGUGCAGUCAAAGGAUAAGGAGAUCCAGGCUGCAGUGACACUAAGUGGGAAAGACAAAACUGUCUCCUUCACCACCACCAGUUUAACAGAAAAGGAGCAAAGAGUCAUCUUAAAAGCUGGCUUUCAGUUGGUCAGUGUAAAGUUGUUCAAGAAACAGGACUACACCAUUGCCUUUGAACAUAGCUACAAAGAAUCUACGAGCCCGACUUUGUAUGAUGGAAAAUGGCAUCAGCUCAAACUGCUCGUGAGGCCUCACCAGGUCACCAGCUUCCUUGACGAUCAGCUGAUCGGGGAAUACAUGUUGAAACCGGUGGAGCCCAUUUACAUCAAUGGUGAGACACAGGUGGCUAAGAGGAGAGGAACAGACAUCACUGUGCCUGUGGAGAUUCAGAAGCUUCGUCUGUACUGUGAUCCUCAUCAGAGUGAGAGAGAAACAGCUUGUGAGAUCUACUCUGUGGAUGAUGAAAGGUGUCCUCUGAAUCGAACAGCCACAGUGGAAGAGGAAGACUGCAACUGUGUAGUCGAACCACCAGGGCAGUGUGGCCUGCCAGGACGUAUGGGAUUCCGAGGGGAGAAAGGAAGGGUAGGACCACCAGGGCCUGAUGGUAAACCUGGUAAAGACGGGACUCCUGGGGAACCUGGCUCUCCUGGAUUACAAGGGAUAAAGAUCCUGCCUCAGGAGAGAGAGGGGAGCCAGGCUUCCCAGGAGAACCAGGAUCCCCCGGAGCCAAGGGUCUUCCUGGUGAUAGAGGUGAACCAGGACUUCAGGGAGAGGCUGGAUCAGUGGGAGAGCCAGGACUACCAGGCGCCGGUGGACUGGUCGGUCCACCAGGACCCAAGGGACAGAAGGGAGAUCCUGGGUUGGCUGGUGCUGCUGGAGCUCAAGGCGCCCUGGUAA